UUUUAAGUUAAACUAACAAUAUUUUUUUACAGUGUAGAAUUAUGCAAAAGUCAAAGUUGAUCGUCCAGGUGAACAUCUCAAUUUGGAUGCUUUAAGGUACUUGACAUUUGACACCCUGUCUAAUCUCUUUCUUUGUGGCGUUUGCUCUCCAAGACUAAAUUAACUCAUCCCUUUUCAUCCCUUCUUUCAUGACGCAUGGCCCAGUUACUGCAAUUAAUUGGACUGGAAUCAGCGUUCAGCUCAGGUCUCAGUCUUCAUUGACAUGACCAUAGCAGCCCUUUACCACACACGAGUUGCACUGCACUAACCCAUGCUUGAGUUGUUCCAGUUAUCACACCAGAAAAGCACCAUAAUGCUUUUAGUUUGAUGUUUGUGGUGCAUCAAUCAUCCAUAUUAUCUGUAAAGCACCAUUUUUACAUCUCUGGCCAUCUCUGAUCUCUAAUAACCUAUUUCUGAUCUGCUCUUAGAGAAGUGAAUGAAUGAAGGAAAUAAUCCAGCACUCCACUGUGAUUUCUCUUAUCCGUCCAAUCCCUUUUGUCUAUAUCAAUCCUGAUAGAAACUCCUCAUAAUCCAGCAAUUACAUUAAUAACUCAUUAUAAUCUGUCAUUUGUGGCCCUUUGAGCAGCAGAGAAUGUAAUCGGCAUCUCGCUACAUGUGCAUGUUAGUGCAUAAUAGUAAUAGAAAUAGAGAGCAUGAGCAUCUGGUGAUGGACACUGUCUGACCCCUUGUUUUGUUUGCAUGCCGAAUAGUAUUGAAAAUAAUGAUGGAACCUGUCGAUCUUGGUUUGGUUCAGUAAUGGUCUCUUGUUGAUUGGUGUUUGCAUGGAAGUCAGGACAGAAAUAAAAUGACCACGAGAUAUGAUUUGUUACAGAGUUCAGAUUGUGAUUUGCAUUCUGCAAUUCAGUACAAGUCUAUCAGAUCUUUAUAUAAAAUAUGUAGUAUAUUAUUUAGAAUAUGCUUUAUCAUCGAAUGACUUCUAAUUUGUUUGUCUGUGUCUGUACUUAAUACGAUUAAUUACUGCUCUAAUAGGUGUCCUGCUUUAACCUGGCCUUAACUGGUUUACUGUGCUAACCAACAUACUAAUCAAGGUUGCAUAAUGUCACUGACUUUGGCAAUACCACCUGCAAUAGUUGCAUUUUGUAUGCAGCACUUCUGACAUGCAAGUUCACUAUCUCUACUCCAUGUGUGUGACCUGUAAAUUACACCCUUCCCAGAAAGAAUUAUUACUUUUAAAAAAUAUAGAUGAUAACGGUUUUCAAACUUUUGAUGUCAAGCAUGAUCAUCAUUUUCAUCCCUUCCUGAAAUAAAAAAGGUUAUGCAAGCUAUUUUCAUAGCCUAUACGUGUGAGAAUGCCUAAAGAUGUGUGAGAAUUUAUUAAGCAUAGCUAAUGUUAUAACAAUGGAAAGUGGAAAUUAAUAAUGUAUUAAAGAUGGGAUAUAAACACUUAAAAUCUGUUUAGAUAGAAUAGAAUGAUUGUGGUUAAUUAAUAUCAGAAUAUCGUUAAAAACUUGAUCGGUAAAUCAGUUGGCAAUAUUAUCAAAUUAUGUAGGCCUACGUAGUUAAUAUCUUAAAUUGCACAAAACAUACAUUUCCCUAAAUUUCCCACGCUUCGAAGCGAGACAUGAUUCUAGAGAUGAAACUGCAUUUUACACCCAUCGGUUGGUAUAGGAAAGACCCGCUGAAGCUCACUGGGAGGGACAAGUGACGUCAAGGAAAUCCUCACUGCUAACUGAGACCUUAAUAUAACCAUGAACUGCACUGAGAGCUCAAAGCACAUUACUGCGCAAAAUAUAGCUUGACGGACAGGAUUACCAGGGCAAAAACACACCAAUCCUCAUUCGGGUGCGCUUAAUUGAAGACAACGAACGAAGCCAAGAGCAAUUAGAUCUUCUUGCUGAACAGGUUCCUGCUGGAUGGGACUGAAUCUAUUAGGGUAUUGGAGCACAAUUUUCCAUCGUCCGAUUUAGUCCGUUAAUUCUUUGUUUAAGUCACACUCAAAGAGACAACCGUCGUUUAAACAAUCUAGUGUUUGUCGCCGAAUUGCACACAUGACCCUGUUGGCGAACAUGCGGCGCCACAGCAUUCGCGUUCAGCAUCACCUGCACCGGUGGAGCAUCUGCGGGACGGACGGUGGGCAGCUGCUGAGUGAUGCUUUCUCGCGCCCCGAUAUUGGGAUGUCCCGGUCUAGUUCCAGUUCCUGCUCUUGCUCGUCCUCCUCUUCAGACUCCGCUCUCUCGAACGAGUGUGCGACUCCAGCUUCGGUUGGACCCUUCACUGUUGUCCUGCUUGGAGACAGCGGUGUCGGCAAGUCCGCGCUCGCCAGUAUAUUCGCUGGGGCGUCUGACAGCAUGGGCAGCGAAUGCGAGUUGUAUGGAGGUGAAGUAUUCGAGCAGACAAUUCCAGUAGACGGUGAGAGGGCCACCGUUACCCUACUCGACAUGUGGGAUUCACAGGAGGAGGGCAGCUGGACGCAGGAGCGAUGUCUGCAGGCAGGAGAUGCUUUCAUUAUAGUUUAUGCCAUAACAGAUCGUUCAAGCUUCCUUCACGCAUCAGAACUUCGUAUUCAGCUCCGGCGGGAACGUGAGGCUGACCGCACUCCAAUCAUCCUGGUUGGAAAUAAAUGUGACCUGGUCCGCUGCCGAGAAGUGUCCAUUAGUGAGGGGCGUGCGUCUGCUGCUGUCUUUGACUGUAAGUUCAUUGAGACGUCAGCAGCAAUGCAACACAACGUCUGGCCGCUGUUUGAGGGCAUCAUCCGCCAGCUCCGUCUACGAAGAGACAGCUUGGAGACUCUCACCAGGCGCUGUUCUCUUCAAAAGCGUCGGGAGAGUCUCCCAAAGAAAGCAAAGCGUUUCAUUAACAGAUUGGUUGCUAAGAAGAACAAGCAAGCUGCCUUCAAACUCAAGUCUAAAUCAUGUCAUGACCUGAUGAGUCUAUAGUGUGUGACUUUGAAUAGCUCUGAAUGUUUUAAUUGUAUUGUAUGAAGUUUGGGUGCAAAGUGUCUGAUCAAGUGCUUGCUUUACUGUAAGUUGUUUUAAGAAAGCCGUUUAUGUCUAUAUUAGACUGUACUAGAAGAGCAAUGAUUGCAGGCUUCUCGCUCCCUCUGUGAAGGACAGAAUGCUCUCUCUGUGUGUGUGUGUGU